ACAUGAAGCACGGAAGCUCUGCGCUGCAGGUGGAUUGAGACUGCACAAGUUUAUGUGUAAUGACAAGGCCGUGCUGGAAAGUAUCCCCUCAUCUGAGCGUGCUGCUGAAGUGAAAGCUUUGGACUUGGUCUUCAAGGAUGUGAAGUUAGAGAGAGCUCUGGGAAUUCACUGGCACAUUGAAUCAGACACUUUCAGAUUCUGUCUUUGUUUGAAGGACCAGCCGGCAACACGACGCGGCAUCUUGUCUACCGUCGCCUCACUCUAUGACCCGCUGGGGUUUGUUGCUCCAUUCCUGCUCAUGGGGAAGAGGGUGCUCCAAGAAAUGUGCAGGCACGGCACGGGCUGGGACGAUCCCCUUCUUAGUGAACGGCAGCCGGUGUGGGAACGCUGGAAAAAUGAUCUUGCAAAUCUGGAGAAAAUCACCUUACCACGCUGCUAUCUGCCUCCUGGUUUCGGAAGAGUGGUGAGAAAGGAGUUACACCAUUUUUCUGAUGCGAGUACAUGUGGUUACGGACAGUGUACAUAUCUGAGACAAGUGAGUGAAGAUGGAAGUGUUCAUUGUGCUCUUGUCAUGGCAAAGUCCAGAGUAGCUCCGAUCAAGGUCACGACAAUCCCUCGGCUAGAACUGGCAGCCGCUGUUGUGUCAGUCACAGCAAGCAACACGGUGAAGGAGGAACUCAGUUUGUCAGAUGCAGUUGAAUAUUUCUGGACUGAUUCAAAGGUAGUUCUGGGAUAUAUCAACAAUGAGGCACGUCGCUUUCACACCUUUGUGUCAAACCGCAUACAGAAAAUACAUCUCAGCUCUUCUCCUCAGCAAUGGAGAUAUGUCUCAACCAGUGACAACCCUGCAGACUUUGCAUCCAGGGGAUUAAGCACAAGGGAGAUUCUCACAUCAAGCUGGUUCAAAGGACCUCUGUUCUUAUGGGAGAAAGAGAUACCUCCAGCCACAGACGUUAGCACAGAAAUACAGAUUGGAGAUCCUGAGGUCAAAAGGAUUCAGGCCCUAAACACACAGACACAGAACCAGCUGAGCCUCUCAGACCGCUUGUCAAAGUUUUCCUCAUGGUCAAAAACAGUCCAAGCUGUAGCUCGUCUCAUUCGCCGCGUCAGACAUGACAAGUCUACAGGCCACAGCACCGUACAAGAGCGAGAAGGCGCACGCUGCAUCAUCAUAAGAGACUUACAGAGACAAGUGUAUCCAGCAGAGUUAAAGGCGCUCACUGAGGCAACUCAGCUUCCUACUCAGAGCAGGCUGGACGGUGCUUCUCUGCGGACUUUCCUGUAUGAGGCAGCAGCUAUUGUGAACAGCCGUCCACUCACAGUUGACAACUUAAAUGAUCCAGACAGUCCAGAGCCGCUGACGCCCAAUCACCUGCUCACUAUGAAAUCCACUGCAGCCUUACCACCUCCUGGCAGAUUCAUCAAAGAGGAUAUGUAUGCUCGAAAGAGGUGGCGUCGUGUUCAGUAUCUGGCAGAGCAGUUUUGGAGCCGGUGGAGGAGAGAGUAUAUCUGCAACAUCGCCACCAGGCAACGCUGGCAUACUCCAAGGAGAAACCUCAAGGUCGGUGACAUUGUGAUGGAAAGGACAGAGGAUCAGCCACGCAACGAGUGGAAGUUGGCUAAAGUUGUAGAGACAGUGACUGAUAAAGAUGGACUGGUGAGAAAGGUGAAAAUUCGUGUCGGAGACCAAAAGAUGGGAAAGAAGGGACAGCGUAUUGGCAAGCUAUCCAUCGUCGAUCGUCCAGUACAAAAGCUGAUCUUGCUCCUAGAGACUGUUUAG